AUGACCGAGAAAACUCCUGCACCAUACGAUUGUGGUCCAGAUUUGGAAGAUCGUGGAAUAUGCUCCGUAGACGCAUGCGAUCCUGAUAAAUGCUUUCCUGAACCUCGUGUAGUAAUAAUAGGAGCUGGUGUGGCUGGACUUUCAGCGGCGGCGAGACUGUCCGAACGCGGCAUUAAUAAUAUUGUUAUAUUAGAAGCAUAUGAAAGACCAGGAGGUCGUAUACAUUCUUGCUGGUUAGGUGAUAUAGUAGCUGAAUUAGGAGCUGAAGGGAAACCAGAAAAUUUUUCAUCUCACCCGAUUUAUUCAAUGACUGCUACCGAGACACCACCGCGUCCUGGCGUACCUGGAGCUGAGCAACCAAAAGGGCUCUUAAAAAAAGUCGUAUCAGAAAAUAUGGCAUUGCCACCCACUAUCACAGCUUAUUAUAAAUUUCGCCAAAUAGAAGAAGAAGCUGCAAACAUUUUUUGUCUUGGAGGAAACAAACAACAUGGGUCUUUAAUAAACUUUAUGAGUCUACGCAUUCAGCAGGAACUACAUGAAUAUCCAGUGGAACAGCAACAUUAUGCAGCAAAAAUUAUGUUUGGUCUUACUCAUAUGUUGCGUGCUAGAUGCAACGACGAUACUUCAAUGUUAUGUGCCGAUCAUUCGGGAUGUUAUAUGAAUAUGCCUGGUGGAGAAGUACGGGUUCCAUUAGGCUUAGUUGGCAUACUGGCACCUUUAUUAAGACAAAUACCAGAAGGAACCAUUCGCUACUGCAAGCCAGUUAACUGUGUCUAUUGGGGUACAAGCCAGAAAUCAGGAUAUCGUGCAACAGUAUGUACUACUGAUGGUGAAGAAUUUCCAGCUGAUUAUGUUAUUGUAACUGUUUCUAUAGGAGUCCUUGGUGCUAAUUCUGCAAAAAUGUUUUGUCCAGCUCUUCCAGCAUCCAAAAUAGAUGCAAUGAGAUGUUUAGGGUUUGGUUAUUGUAAUAAAAUUUAUUUGGAAUACUGCAGACCAUUUUGGUUUUGGCAUAAUGGUGAUUUGAAUUUUAUCUAUAAUCCAAACAGAGCAAUGUGCAGAAAUGAUUGGACCCGUGGGGUGAGGAAAAUACAAGCAGUACCAACAAGUAAACAUGUGAUAAGUGCACUGGUUGUCGGAAAAGAAGCAUUAAUGAUGGAGGGGCUAUGUGAUAAGGAUGUAGCCCAAGGAAUCACAGAUCUUAUAAAAAGAUCGUCUGGAAAUAAAUUUGUACCUUAUCCUACAAGAAUAUUAAGAUCACAUUGGACUUGCGAUCCUUACUUUUUAGGUGCGUUUUCAUAUGCUUGUCAGUGUACAAAUGGUCAUGUACAGAGAGCCUUAGCUUGUCCAUUACCCGGACCUAGUGAACCAAUUCCACCAAUCCUUUUAUUUGCGGGGGAGGCAACUGUAGCCGGACACUUUGCUACUGUUGAUGGUGCCAAAAUAAGUGGUAUAAGGGAAGCUGAAAGAAUUGUACAACUGACUGUACGAUUUAGAGGACCUCCACUUCCGGCUUUGCAAUCUACGUGUACUCGAAAGUUACCCUGUAAGUCAUAA